GACGGACGAGGCUUUCUUGUUUACGUGUCGUUAACGGCGGCGGAGCCACAAAGAUUAACUACCCCGGCUACACGGUGAGUCACCGGCUGACUGUUGGGGCUGUUUAUGUUCAAAAGAAGGAAAGAAAGAAACCGUCUAGCGGCAGUUGAUCUCACGGCGGUUACACAGUGCGGGAAAUUAACGUUAACUCCACCGCCCCCUCGCUCAACGGAUUUUUUUUUUCUACAACGGCUGUGUGCGUGUGUUUUUUUUUACCCAGUCAUGUGAUUGUAACGUAAAACCCCUAACCGGAAAACACCGACGGACGACCCUCUCCGCCGCCAACGAAUGCUGCGUUUACAAGGAACAGUUGAAGCUGCUGCGUGCCCAGAGAGGACGGACGAGUCUCCGGUAACAAACAAACAUCAACGGCGACACGGCAAACUCCCACCGAUUUUAGCGGAGUGCAGAUUGAAGAAUGGAGUUGGCCAACCAUGGUCUUAUCCUGCUGCAACAGCUUAACGCUCAGAGGGAGUUUGGCUUCCUGUGCGACUGCACCGUGGCUAUAGGAGAUGUCUUCUUCAAAGCUCACAAAGCCGUCCUCGCUGCCUUCUCCAACUACUUCAGAAUGCUCUUUAUACACCAGGACAGCGACUGUGUGCGUCUGAAGGCUGCUGACAUCCAGCCGGACAUUUUCAGCUAUCUCCUCAACCUGAUGUACACGGGCAAGCUCGCCCCCCAGCUGAUAGACCCCGCACGGCUGGAGCAGGGGGUCAGGUUCCUGCACGCCUACCCGCUCUUGCAGGAGGCCAGCCAGUCGGUGUAUACGCAACCUGAGCAAGGCAUCAACCUCUCCACCUCCCUCUAUGGAAUCCAGAUCUCCGACCAACAGGUGGCGCUGUCGGGCAGACUGCCCGGUCGGCGUCAGCUCUCCUCCCCCUUUGACAUGGAGCAAGUCAACUCGGAGGGAAAGUACCCGUCCACACCUGCUGCUAGCUCAUGCCCAAAUUCCGUACCGCCCACUGUAGCUCCCUCUCCCCCCGACAUGGAGGCAUCGACCAGUGGAACCAAACCUGCGCUCGAGGAGGGGGCCAUGGACUUAUUAAGUGCAGAUGGAUGCUCUGUAAGUGCCAUCCUUCAUGUAAAGCCCAGCAUCAUGAAGAGAAGUUCCUCCUUUAGGAAGCAUUACUCCUGUCAUAUUUGCAGGAGCCGAUUCACCCAGAGAAGUCUGCUGAGAGAGCACCUCCUUCAGCACAGCCAGGUUCACACCCAGACCCCGACUGAGCCCAGCAGCGGCCUCUCACCCGUUAUGAGCGGAGAGCACAGCAUGCUAGUAGAGGCGGCUCUGAAGGCAAAAGUGGCCGGGUCGGGCGCCUCCGUUGGCGCCACGCCAGUCGAGAUCAUCAGCGACAGCGAGCAAACCCCUGUUUCAGGUACCAACUCGGACUCUCCGCGAGCCGAGGUGUCCACCUCCAGCUGGGGUUUGGGAGGGUUGAAUUCUCAGGCGGACACGCCGCCCCCGUCGGACAUCGCGGACAUCGACAACCUGGAGAACGCCGACCUGGAUCGGGAAGUGAAGCGGCGGAAGUACGAGUGCUCCACGUGCGGCCGCAAGUUCAUUCAGAAGAGCCACUGGCGCGAACACAUGUACAUCCACACGGGGAAGCCCUUCAAAUGCAGCGCCUGCGGCAAGAGCUUCUGCCGCGCCAACCAAGCGGCCCGGCACGUGUGCCUGAACCAGGGCGCCGACUCCUACACCAUGGUGGACAGGCAGAGCAUGGAGCUGUGCGCCGCAGGAGACGACAGCAGCCAGAUGGAGGCGAUGUUCAUGGGCUCGUCGAAGCCUUACAAGUGUAACAUUUGUGCGACGACCUUCUCCAGCCCCAGCGAGGUGAUCAAACACUUGUGUUUCACCCAAGGGGGGUUAGUGGGGCUGCAGGGAAGCGCGGGUGCAGGCUCAUUGCUACAGCACGAAGAAUUUUCCAAAGAUGAAGGCUCUGAUUUGUCCAACUCCGGCACCCCGUUAGAACCACUAAAGACUGAGGAGAUCCUUGUAGAGUAGUGUCGAAACUGUUUAUCUGUCCCUUUUUAACAUGUAUGUUUAUUAUAAAUUAUGAUGAAUAGGCAAGCUAAUGGUGAAGUUAGGGUAUGUACGUUGGAGUUUCUCAGUCUACAUUAGUUUGUUUUCUGGUGCAGUCUUUAGGAUAUUUUGGCCCAGGCUACAAUAAAAACAGUUUGAAGCUCCUCUCCGUCGUGAGAGUUGACAUUCGACUCAAGGCUGGGUUUAAUGCCCGUGUUACAUGUCGUCAUUUAGUGGUUUGUGUGCAUUGGUGUUAUGCUCUGACACAUUAGGGCCGUACCAGACUCUCUAAGAGCGGCCGUUGUGGUGAGGCUACACGGGCAGGUUUUCGGUCUAAAAGGAAGAGGAAGCUGAGACAGUUCCGGAGGAGACGGCCUGUUGUGAGAUGAGCUGGCUGUUACUCGACGCGCAGAGGAAAACAUGGUGCAAAGCGACAACAAUUCCUCUGGAGCCGCGCAGAAAAAGUCGGUCGUAAACGAAAUGCUGAUUCUGAAGAUCAGGUGUAGAAUUACAUUUCUCGCUGAAAGCACACAAACCUGAGACAAUCCGCGCUCUUAUUCGAGCAUUAGUCUUCCAUUAGUAUUCUGGCUCAGCUGAAUCAAUAACUUGACAUAUAGUGACCAUUAAUUGCAUCGUCCUGUGCAGCAAUGAACUUGUUUCACUCCGUGUUUGUUUGGGGGGGGUGUUAAGUGUGACAGCGGCUCCCGUCUCCUUCCUGUCACACCAUAUUAACGCUCAAAUUCUCGUCGUAAGUGUUUUGCCAUUGAGAAUUGGUCACAGUGAACAAAAGCGGCAAUUGUGUCUCGACAUUGUGCCACUUUCUUUCUUCUUUAUUUUGACAUUUUUACUUCUUGUGCAUUUUACAUUUUGUAUAACUCUUUGGUUACUGAUUGAACCUGUUCCAUCCAGACACAAGGACCUUGAUCAGAGGCUGUCCUGUAUAAUAUUUCAUAAUUUGCUUAAAUCUGCUCCUAAAAGCCCUUAAAUUUAGUUUGGACAUGCUAACUAUAUAUGUACAUAUAUAUAGACAGAGACUAUGUUAUAUUGUUAAGAUAUUAGUAGCUUCUAAAAUAGGAAUACAUUCGAUUUAGCAAAAGUUAACAUAUUAGGGAUGGGCAUGACACAUCUGUCUAUGACUUCUCCAAGAAAUAGGUAAUGAUUAAAAAAGGGAUUUGAAUUCCCCCUUUCUUGCCAAAUUCGUUCUAAUUUUCUAACCUUCUCAUUAAUAUUUUGCAAAGGGAAACAAUUUGUAUUAUUAAGACCAUCAUUUAAAUGUUUUUUUUUUUGUUGUUGUUGUUGUUUUUUUAAAUAGUGGCUGCAAAUGCCCGAAUGCUUCACCUUUGAAUGUGACAGACGAAGAGAGACGUUAAUAGGAAGCAGUUAGCAAGCUACAUAGAAAUAAAAGAGUUACAGUCACAUGAGUUUGACAGGGAUGUGAAAAAAGGCGCUGUUAAUUAUUCUCUGGGACGACUGCACGCGUUCAACUUGUACUACUGACGAUUCAAACUUGUAACACAUCUCUGCAUACGUGUGGAACUAAAUGUGAAGCUAGGAAAAUGUUUAACUGUUAUAUAAUUUGUUGUGCCGCAUCAUGUCGAGCGUGACCGUCGCUCCGGUAGUAUAAUCCGAAACAGGUUAAAAAAAAAAACAAAUCUCUGUUGCUUUGUCUUCAUUCAAACUGUGAUUAAAACUUUACAUUUUGUAUUUCCUUGUUUAUUUUUGUCCCUGUUUUUACAGAAUUGGAUAUUGAGGCGAAUUAUUUCAAGGAGGCUCUCGUUGUUUAUUGUUCUUUUGAUUAGGAAACACGUGGAUGUUGUUACGGCUACAGCUUUCCCCUUUUUACUCAAAAAACGCUAAAUUGAUUGGAGGCAUCAAGCGAUUAAGGCUGCAAGAACAAAACACAUAUACUUGGUGAUCCAUAUUAGCAUAAUAGUAGAAUUGCCUAAGUCAUAUUCAAAAGUUUUCGUAAAACAAGAAAUUUUCAGCAUGCGCAUUUAUAUUUUAAUUGAUGUUGUAACAAUAAGUAAAAAAAAAAAUAAAUGACUUAGGCAAUUAUGCUGUUAGGCUAACAAUAUGUUUUAGUAUUUUCUAUGAGGGAAUAAGUAUAAUAAGUCCUGUUAGUGUGGACUUGUCACAGUAAUGGUAACAGUUCUCAUAGCAACAAGUCUCACAAUUUAGAAGACUUAGAGGAAAGUAAUACAACUGCCACACAAAAAGCCCAUUAGCAGGUAUCCAAAAACUUGUACAAGUAGAUUGACUUUCUUUAAUAUUUUUUUUGGACCUGGAUGACUAAGAACUUGUGUAGUCAUUCGCAGGUAAUAAUUGUAUAUUUAGUCUUUCUUCACUCAUUGAUCCUCGUCCAUCUUUUAUUUAAAUGAAAAUGCCCAUCCCUAAUGUGUGUAAUAUACAUAGCCUUUUUUAAGCUAGUUUCACCAAAUAAAAUUUAAUACCAGGCCAAUGUUUUAUUUGCUCCAACAUUAUUUUAUUUUAUUGUAUGCUUAGAAUUAGGCAGCAGUUGUUCCUAGGGGUCUGGCUAGAUGGAGCUGGUUUUCUUCUGUGUCUCCUCAGGUCGACUGAAGAGUUGUUUUUUUUUUUUUUUUUUUUAUUGGCCGUGCUGUAAAUUGACAUCACAUCGCUUUAAAUGCUAAUUCCUGUAAAUAUAUCCCGCACUGCAAGUGUUCCGCAUUGAAACAGGGAGCUUUGUAAGAGGCCAUACUACUGACAUUCAUUUCUCUGAGCCAACUCGAUACACGGACAUAUGCACAGCUUUAUCUAAAUCCUCGUUCCGCGUAAGUUAGUGUUUGUGUGCGUUUAAACAGCCUCAGUAUCUCAGGAAGACGGGAAGUUUGACAAGUGUCUUCUCUGUCCACGGUUUGUUUGGGUGUCAAAAUAAUAAUUUCAGAGCUAGCGGGGUGACGAUAGCCCUUGAAACUUGAGCGCACGCGGUGUCGAACCUCAUCUUCACUCUUCUGACAUCUACUGUGAUCAUUCUGUGUUCUCAGGAAUGUGAGUAAUUUCUCUGUACAAACUUUUUUUUUUCAAAGAACAAUAAAAACAUGUCUUUUUUUAUAGAA